GCAGGCGUGGCGUGCGACGACAGUGCGAAGGGCCCAAGGGGUGGCACGGGGGCGGUCAUGCUAUGCGUGGCAGUGCGUGCCGAAGUCGCAGCAGGAGCGGCCGACUCAGUGUGUUGCACGGAGACAAUCGCGAAGGCUGGUGCGUGCACAGGCUGCUGCCUCAUCGACUUCCAGACGACACGCUACUCGGCCACGGCGCUGGACCUCUCCACGCUCAUCCUGUGCUGCACGGAGAAGGUCAUGCGCGACAAGCACUGGGACGCUCUGCUCAAGCACUACCACACCGUGCUGCAGGACACGCUGAGGGCUGCGGGCAUCACGGACCCCGACUCAGUGUACUCGUGGGAACACUUCAUGCGGCGGCUAGGUGAGAUGUCGGGCUACGCGCUGCUGCUGGCCCCCAUGAUGCUGCACUUCCUCAACGCCGACCAGGCUGAGGUGAAGGAGCUGCAGGGCUCCGUGACCAGCUUGAUGAACGAGGACGACACGACGUCCCAGGCGGCGCCGGCCUCCUUCAACAUCCAGUGGAGUGCCGAGGUGAAGCGGCGCGUGGGAGACAUCGUCGACGACAUGGUGCGCUGGGGGUGGAUGUAGUCCCAGGGUGCGGUCGCCAGCGCGGGAAGGCCUGCAUCCGAGCAGACGGUUCAGGCAGCGUGCUGACCAGACUUGUUCCGUACCUUUUCUGUAUGUUUCUGUACUUUUCUUCUCCCAGUGACCAGCUGUCAAAUGACAACACACUGCGAGUCACUUCAUCGCCUACCCUCUCGUAAGUCUACGAAGCAUGUGUUUAAUUACGAAUAAUAUCAAGGCAUUGUAAAAUUGGUUCGUAGUAUGUAGGAAAUGCUUUGAUUUGCGAAGGAUUUCUUCGUAGGUUUAACACUGUUAAGAAGGCCGUUUCAAGACGACACCUUUGUCAACCGCCUGGACAACACGUUUUCUUGAUUAAAUACGAAGAAUUUGUUGCCUAAUAAU